AUGAUGGCUUCAACAGGUAGGGUUAUGGAGAAACCAAGCCAAGACCAACAACAACAGCAACAACAACCCCUCAAGUGUCCUCGUUGUGAUUCAUCAAACACUAAGUUUUGUUAUUACAACAAUUACAGUUUGUCUCAGCCAAGGCACUUUUGUAAGGCUUGUAAGCGUUACUGGACCAGAGGAGGAACCCUAAGAAAUGUUCCAGUCGGUGGUGGCUGUAGGAAGAACAAGAGGGUCAGGAGAUCAGCCUCCGCCAUUGAUGCACCUUCAACUUCAUCUUCUACAGCAACUUCAAACCCUAGUGUUCAAACCCAGAUCGAUCUCUCUUCCAACCAUAUUAAUCCUUUGUUCUACGGCUUACCCACGAAUCCAUCUGAGCUCAAUCUUUCAUACCCCAGGUUCGAUUCUAGGGUUUCAAAUGUUGAUAGGAUUUCUGGGUAUGAACUUCAACCUCAGCUGAAUGGUGUUGGAUUGGGGUUUUCAUCAGAAUUAAUGGCUAGUGAGGCUUAUAAUGAUGAUUAUCGAAAUGGGUUCAACCCCACUAAGCAAAUCCAAGAUGUCAUGACUUCAAAUUCAGUUCUUUCAAGCUUUCCACUAUUCGGAUCUUCAUCUUCUACAUCUACUUCAACAAUGGCUUCCUUGAUAGCUUCCAGUCUUCAACAACAGAAAUUUAACAACUUUCAGGGUUUGCUACCUUAUGAACACCUGCAAAUUACAGGGAAUGGUGAAGGUGAAACAGUGAUGAAGGAUGUGAAAAUGGAGGAAAGUCAAAACAGGUUGGAUUGGAAUAAUGUUGAAAACCCGAAUCAGAUCGAACAGAUCAGCUCAUCUGAUCCUUCUGUUUUGUGGAACACAACAAAUAUUGGUGCCUGGCUUGAUCCUGCAAACGUUGGAUCUUCUGUGCGUUAUCUGAUAUAG